AGCAGAAAUCUUUUGUGCAACACGACACGAGUUGAAUCAAAAGAAUCGAAACUUUAUGGUUUUCCCUUUUAAAUACAAAGAAAAGAACGCUUCGCGGAAAUCGUGACUAAUCUCGUGCUGCAUUUAGCUACAUUCGUUUCGUCAGUAAAAGCCAACAGUUUUUGCAACUGACCAAUCUUUAUCGUGACAGCAUGGCAAAAAGAGGGCAACCAACGUGGCAACUGCCAUCUCCGACUCAGGAAGAACCUAAAUUACGCUUGUACAAUAGCCUAACCCGCCAGAAGGAACUAUUCGUUCCAAAAGAUGGACGAAAUGUGAAGUGGUACAGCUGCGGUCCGACAGUUUAUGAUGCCUCACAUAUGGGACAUGCUCGAUCGUAUAUUAGUUUCGAUAUUCUCCGAAGAGUGCUGACGGAUUAUUUCGGCUACAAUGUACUCUACGUGAUGAACAUAACCGACGUGGACGAUAAAAUCAUUAAGCGAGCCAGACAGAAUUACCUAUACGACCGGUAUGUGGCAAAAACGACUUCACUGGAGGAACUUUUGAAUGACAAUCAAGAGGUUAUGGAAGCUUUCUGUGUAAAACUCGGCACGACCAGUGAUCCGGACAAAAAAGCCAUGAUGGAACGGAUGCUGGAAAAGGUAACGGCCGCAGUGGGCAAUCUAACGAUUGCUGUCAAAGGGGGUGAAGCUGAACAAAUCAAAGAAGCGCAGCAGCAGUUUUUGGAGGAAACCCGAGACCCACUUUCGGAUUUACUGGACAAAAAAGAGGGAGCUUCGGUUAAUGAAAAUUCAAUUUUCGAAACCCUGCCUCGAUACUGGGAGGACGAGUUUCAUAAAGAUAUGAAUGCCUUGAACGUACUGGCACCCGAUGUGCUGACCCGGGUUAGCGAAUAUGUCCCGCAGAUCGUAGAAUACAUUCAGAAGAUAAUCGAUAACGGGCUAGCGUACGAGGCCAAUGGAUCGGUAUAUUUCGACGUGGCUGGAUUUGAUAAACGUGAAAAACAUUACUAUGCUAAAUUGGUUCCGGAAGCCUACGGCGAUACAAAAUCACUGCAAGAAGGCGAAGGGGAUUUAAGUACUGCUGAAGAUAGACUCUUGGAAAAACGCUCUCCUAACGACUUCGCUCUUUGGAAAAGCAGCAAGUCGGGCGAGCCAUGGUGGGACAGUCCCUGGGGCAAAGGUCGUCCUGGUUGGCAUAUCGAGUGCUCUGUUAUGGCUUCCGAUAUUUGCGGGGAUUAUUUAGACAUCCACACCGGUGGUGUGGAUUUAAAGUUUCCCCAUCAUGAUAACGAGCUAGCUCAAAGUGAAGCUCAUGAUGGAACUUCCGAGUGGGUGAAGUACUUCUUGCAUACCGGCCAUCUCACAAUUGCUGGCUGCAAAAUGUCCAAGUCACUGAAGAACUUCGUAACGAUCCAACAAGCUUUACAGAAGCACACGGCUGCUCAACUACGUCUAGCUUUUCUGCUUCACUCUUGGAAAGAUACUCUGGAUUAUUCGGAGAACACAAUGGAAAUGGCCGUGCAAUACGAACGUUUUCUGAACGAGUUCUUCCUCAAUGUGAAGGACUUAACGCGCCAUGUGGUAAGUGGUAAACCGCGUGAUCAAUUCAACCAAUGGACUGCCGUAGAAGCGGAUCUGCAGAGCAAAUUCAACGCCGCGAAAAAAUCAGUUCACGAAGCCCUCUGCGAUAACAUUGACACUCGGACAGUGCUGGACACUCUACGGGAUCUGAUUUCGCAUAGUAACGUCUAUAUUCGUGACCAUAAGCAAAUGAAUGCCUUAUUGUUGAGGCGCAUUGCCAGCUACAUUACCGAUUUACUGCACAUCUUUGGAGCUAUCAAUGGACCCCGUGGAGGAAUUGGCUUCCCCGUUGGUGGAACAAGCCAAAAUGCUGAUCUCGAAGAAACUGUCAUGCCGUACUUGUCGGCUUUGGCCGAAUUCCGCGCUCGUGUCCGCGAGCAGGCUCGAACACUAAAGGCGACUGCCAUUCUCGAUCUAUGUGAUCAAUUGCGUGACGAUAUUCUGCCGAAUCUGGGCGUUCGGUUGGAAGAUCGCGAGGGUAGCAAUGCGGCCCUAAAGCUUGUCGAUCGGGACGUACUACUGAAAGAGCGGGAAGCGAAACGUGCAGAAGAAGCUAGAAAGACGGAAGAAAAGGAACGCAAGAAAGCGGAACAGGCGGCAGCUAACGCAGCCAAAGAUGCACAACGUAAGAUCGAUCCGGUCGACAUGUUCCGAGCGGAAACGGAUAAGUAUUCGGCGUUCGAUUCGACCGGACUGCCAACGCACGAUGCUGAAGGCAAAGAAAUCAGCAAAGGGCAGCAGAAAAAACUGCAAAAGCUGCAACAGCAACAACAGAAACGCUACCAGGAAUAUCUGGAUACAUUGAAAGCUUGAAACUUAUUAUAUUUAUUGGCAUUUAAUGAACGUGAUAAAGGUGAUCAACGAUGAAAAAAGUACUAACUAAACUAUUGUUAUAAAAUAUGUAUUCAUCGAUAAAUAAAGUACUAAUUUUAAUUAUUGCUGCGGAA